CUGGCAUUUCUUUUUCCCUUUCUUUCCGUUGGUCAACAACCAACAAAACAAAAUCGUUUAGUUCUUCACUACUCGUACAGGAAGGCCACUCUUUCUGUAUGGGGGGAAUCAAAGAAAGGCAAUCAGAGAAUGUAUACACUCCAUUUUCAUUACCAAGAUGUAUCACGUCAGGAUCCGUUGCUCAAACCGAAUCACGCCAACGUUAUGGAAGUUCCUGGAUCGUGUAAAAUAAGAGUAGUACCAAAGGCAGCACCUUCUGAUUUCAUAAUAAAAAAUGGAAAAUUGGCUAUGGAGAUUCCGUGCGGGCAAAAAUUAAUACAAACACAAAGGGCUUCGACAGGAAAGCCAUUUCGAUCCAAUCCAUCCUUGGGGUCAAAUAAAAAAAAGGAUAAUGUUAGUGACCUAGCACGGCAAAGCACUCUCCGAGGUCAUGGAAUGUCUCAUUUUUUGGUAAAAAUCUCCGCAAUAAUGUCUCCGUUAGAUUUUCCGGUCGAAAUACGAGAAAAGUCCAUUCAAUUCUUGAUGGAAAUGGAGUUUUUCAAAUUCUCCUCAGAACUGGAAGAUCAUUUCGAGAUCUUCGAACAUAUUAGGGGGUUCCAUGUCACUAUUUUAACUUCGGCCAACACACAAGAUGAGACUUUACCACCGUGGAGCGGCUUUUUUCAAAAGAUGGGGGGGAAAGUCAGUAAGAUGUCGGAGAAGCAAAAUAUACGAGAUUGCAAACGUAGAUUGCUCGCAGCUAAGUAUAAAUUGAGAAAGCUUUCUCAAUUUGUAAAGAUACCGAUCGAUCUAGUGAUAUGCGGGACAAACAUCGAAAGUCUCAUGUGACUGAAGAACUCAGCGACGAGUUGACAAAAGAAGCCCUAAAAAUGGACAUGAACGAUGUUUUGAUGGGUAUAAAGAAAUCGUCUUGGUAGCAUCAAACCAAUAGAACAAGGGUUAGCUCUGCAGCUGGUCUAGAAGCAAGGUAAGUAGGUCCAUGCGAGCGCCCGGGAUGU